ACCCACUUUCCCGGGCGGCUCCCUCUCCGUGGCCUGUGGCGUCACAAGGCCCCCAGCCGCCUGUGCCCCGCGGUGCGCGCCCCGCUCCGGGACCUGCCGCCACCGCCGCCCCGCCCUCGGCGGCGCCCACACCCAGGCGCGCCCGCGCGCGCGCUCGGCCCCGUCCCUGCCUGGAAGCACAGCUGAAGAUGGCGAGCCCGGCGCCUCCGGAGCACGCCGAGGAGGGAUGCCCGACUCCCGCCGCCGAGGAGCAGGCGCCGCCGUCGCCGCCACCGCCCCAGGCACCCCCCGCAGAGCGGCAGCAGCAGGAGGAGGAAGCGCAGGAAGCUGGGGCGGCGGAGGGCGCGGGGCUGCAGGUGGAGGAGGCCGCGGGCCGGGCGGCGGCCGCGGUAACCUGGCUGCUCGGGGAGCCGGUGCUGUGGCUGGGCUGCCGCGCCGACGAGCUCCUGAGCUGGAAGAGGCCGCUGCGGAGCCUGCUCGGCUUCGUCGCUGCCAACCUGCUGUUCUGGUUCCUUGCAUUGACUCCAUGGAGAGUAUAUCACCUGAUUUCCGUCAUGAUACUUGGGCGUGUUAUUAUGCAAAUAAUAAAGGAUAUGGUUUUGUCUAGAACAAGAGGUGCACAGUUGUGGAGAAGCCUCAGUGAAAGCUGGGAAGUUAUCAAUUCCAAACCAGAUGAAAGACCCAGGCUCAGCCACUGUAUUGCAGAAUCAUGGAUGAAUUUCAGCAUAUUUCUUCAAGAAAUGUCUCUUUUUAAACAGCAGAGCCCUGGCAAGUUUUGUCUCCUGGUCUGUAGUGUUUGCACAUUUUUUACGAUCUUGGGAAGUUACAUUCCUGGGGUUAUACUCAGCUAUCUACUGUUACUGUGUGCAUUUUUGUGUCCAUUGUUUAAAUGUAAUGAUAUUGGACAAAAAAUUUACAGCAAAAUUAAGUCAGUUCUGCUGAAACUGGAUUUUGGAAUUGGAGAAUAUAUUAAUCAGAAGAAACGUGAGAGAUCUGAAGCAGAUAAAGAAAAAAGUCACAAAGAUGACAGUGAAUUAGACUUUUCAGCUCUUUGUCCUAAGAUUAGCCUCACGGUUGCUGCCAAAGAGUUAUCUGUGUCUGACACAGACGUCUCAGAGGUAUCCUGGACUGAUAAUGGGACCUUCAACCUUUCAGAAGGAUACACUCCACAGACAGAUACUUCUGACGAUCUUGACCGACCUAGUGAAGAAGUUUUCUCUAGAGAUCUUUCAGAUUUUCCAUCUCUAGAAAAUGGCAUGGGAACAAAUGAUGAAGAUGAAUUAAGCCUUGGUUUGCCCACUGAGCUCAAGAGAAAGAAGGAACGGUUGGACAGUGGUCACAGACCAAGCAAAGAGACGCAAUCAGCAGCUGGUCUCACCCUUCCUCUGAACAGUGACCAAACCUUUCACUUGAUGAGCAACCUGGCUGGGGAUGUUAUCACAGCUGCAGUGACUGCAGCUAUCAAAGACCAGUUAGAGGGUGUGCAGCAAGCACUUUCUCAGGCUGCCCCCAUCCCAGAAGAGGACACAGACACUGAAGAAGGUGAUGACUUUGAACUACUUGACCAGUCAGAGCUGGAUCAAAUUGAGAGUGAAUUGGGACUUACACAAGACCAGGAAGCAGAAGCACAGCAAAAUAAGAAGUCUUCAGGUUUCCUUUCAAAUCUGCUGGGAGGCCAUUAAUCUAGGAAUCAGCUUGCAACAGAGCACAAAAAACACCAAAAAAAUUUCAAACGAGAAAAAAAAAAAAAGGAAAAGAAAAAAAAACUGAACUGUAAGCUUUAAUCAUUACUUUAGAUUUGUUUUAUUUUCCCUCCUGCAGUGAAUUAAUUGGAUAUAUAUCAGCUGACACUGAUAGAUUGAUAUUUCUGAUCAUUAUUUUUGUGUAAUAAGCAUGGAAAUGAACUUUAUACACACCACUGUGUUGUCAGAGAUAAAUAUUAGGGGUUGUUUUUAAAGCAAAAAGAAAAAAACAAAAACCAAACUAUUAAAAUCCUCCUAUAAAUAUUCUUUUUCUUUACAGUUUUUCAAGCAUGCAAAACAGUUUAUUGUAACUUAUUGAAAAAUAUUAACAAUUAAUUGUGAAUACAUGCUGUUACCAGCUUCCUUAUUCCUAAUACCUGGAAAAUUUUUUUUUUCAACUGAUAGAUUUUGAUGUAAAAAAGACUGAAAUUAUCAAGGUAUCUUAGUUGAAGGACUUGGGAAAUACUAUCAAAAUUAAUUUCUUAGCAAAAAAUUUAAAAGUAUAUUUAAGUACUCUGGAUAGACUGAAACAUUUCCAUGUUAUUUCUGCAGUUGUAGACUUAGGCUUAUUUGUAAAGAAGCAUGCUCCACUGACUGCCAUCUCUAGUCUUGCAGUGGGUGGUAUUAACCCAUAGAAAGCAAGCAGUUGUGUAUCACAUAGACAAUGGUUAUGAUGUAAACAGAUUCAGUUGUUUUGUUGUUCAUUCGUCAUAUGUUUGUGAUAGGGAUGUUGGGAGCACAGCUCUAUUCUGCCUGCUCAGACUUAAGUUAGACCCUUAUCUUUUAUAUUAUGUCAUGAAAAAAGUCUCCUAAAAUUGUGAAACUAGUUCUUGAUAUGAGUGAUGUGAUCAUCAGCAAUAAAGAUAUAAUAACUCUGUUUUCUUAGUCUGUAUAGAGGAGAGGAACUUGCUUGGCUUUAAAAUAUAUUUAUUUGCCAUUUAAGUAUAAAUAUGAAAUCUGUUUCUUAUUGGGAAGAUAGAAUAUAUAUAUUUUCCUUUAAACUUUUUAAGGUUACUUUUAAAUAACCAAAUUUGAUUUAUGGUUUUUAACAAAGGACUAAAGAGCUGAAACCAACCUAGUUUUGUUUUUGUGAUAUAAACUUUAAGUGUCGAGGGACCAUGCCAGCAACUACCAAAAAUCUCUUAAAUCUUCAGGUACAGCUGGCAUUUUGGCAGAUGCAUAGAGACAUCUGAGACCCUCAGAAAGGAAGGAUAAUUCAAGAAUAUAGGAAAUCUGUGUUCUCUUCCUUUCAUUUUAUCCCUUAUAUUUCUAAAGACUAAUUAUAAGUAAUCUGACAUUUUAAUGUAGCUACUCUUAUUUUUUCUUUCUGAGGUAUUAAAAUAUCUGGACUGAGUUUUGCCAAAUGUUAAAGGGAGAAGAGUUACUGAAGACUUUGAACACUUGCUUUUUGUGAUUGCUUAUGUCAUUAGUGCCUCAUGACUGUGUUUGAUGUCCUUUAUUGAUACAAAGUGAGCCUGUGCCUUCAUUAUCUUGCCCAUUUUAAUACAAAUGGAAACCUGGUGUUUGAAAAUCUCUGAACUGUGUGGGUUUUGGAGGAAUAUACCUGAAUUUUAUUCAAUAACAGUUUCUGGACAGGAAGAAAAAUACAGUUACAUAUUUAUAAAAUAGUCGUUAUCAGUUUU